GUAUCCAUGGAUUCAAUCUCUGUGUCGUUUUGUAGCCGCUUAUAUCUCGCACUCUAUAUGACUCUUAAUCUUCCCUUUCAAGACGAUCUAGCGCAACCCCUGCAUAACCUUAACCUCAAGCAAUACUCUGCGAUGGAGACUGCACGCCUGAGGCUCGAGCCACUCGAUCUCGCCCACCUCGAGGGCUUCCACCGUAUCUGGUCCGAUCCCGUUACCACCCAAUGGAGCUCCCGAGGCUUCUGCAAAACAAUCGAAGAAACCAAAGGCAGAAUAACCGGCAUCGUCCCUGACAAAUCCCGCCCGGGCGUUGACAACUACGGCGUCUUCAUCCGCCCCUCCUCUUCCCAGCAGGAACCUCUCAGCGCUGAGGAAUCCCAUGUCAUCGGCAUCGUAGGCGUUCACAAAGAUGACCCCGGAUACGCGACGGAGGCGGUAUCUGCUUUUGUGCGGCACUAUUUCAUUCUCCGGCCCGAUGCGGCUUAUAUUGAGGCGAAGGUUGAUGCAAAGAAUACACCUUCUAUACGGGUGCUGCAGAAGUGCGGGUUUGAUGAGAUUGAGACGCUGGUUGGUGGGGCUGAGUUGGCGUGGAUGGAUCCUCCUGUGAGGGAUUUGGUUGUGUUUCGGGCGAUGAGGAAGUAG